AUGUACCACGACACCAUCAACUACUCCACCCUCCCCAAGGAGUAUCUCCAGUCCUACCCCUACCCCGCCUUCGUCCUCCUCGUCCCCAUACCCCCUCCCCAGCCCUCCCGCACAGACUCCCAGGACGAAUUUCCCACACCUCGCUCCACCCUCGACCCCUCCUCGCAAUUCACUCGCUCCGACCAUGGCGAGAUUCAGCCCUUCGAAAUUGUGUGGGGUAACGAGAAGUGGACCCAUCUAUUUGAAGGCCGGCCGUUGCUAGAUUGCUUAGACGUCGAUGGAGUCCGGCGAUUGGGGAACUGGAUCAGUGGGGCAUCGACGCCGACGCUGUCGCCGACGCAAAAGACAUUCCCUUCUCUCGACAACCCCGUCCCAGGCAGCCCGCCCUCCCCCGAGAACUUUUGGUCAGCCGAGCACCCCUAUGAGGACCGCUCGCCCCGUUCGGAUGGAUUAGCGAGCGACCAUGCUGACCUGACGGGUAUCGAACCCUUUGAGAAGAGCAAUCCGGGCCCGGCUACUUUGGAAAUAAACUUGAUCAAUCCGGGGCGCAUCACCCUCGAGUUGACAAAGACAUUGGUGCCGGUACUGAGAGAUAGAAAGGGAUCCGAGAAUGUUCCCAUGAGGACACACUCUUUCGUUGUAAUCACUUCUACCCCGCGAACAGCAUUCGUCCCGAAUGCGCCUCAGCAAGUCAGUCACCACGACGUACCCCCGGCCGCGUACCGGGCCAUGUUGGACAAGGACAGGUCGCCCAUUAAACCAAAAGAAGUACCUUCCGAAACAGUACACCCCUAUCUCAUACCCAAGACGACAAUCCUGUCUCCAUCACCAUCCGUGCCCACCAGCCUCGACCCGAGCAUACCACGCAUGUCGACAACGCCGCAUCCCAAAGAUGACAGCUUCUCUUCGUUCGGGGAGCUGCGGGGUCUCGGUCUACUGUCACCUGCGCAGAACGGCAAGACAUCGAAACCGUUGAUGUUCAACGUGGACGGAACCAUCAGUCGUCAGGCUGAUACCAGUGACAAGAAGGAGCACGCGAGUGUCGAUGAUCUGAUGGCCUCGACGGAUUGGACAAAGACGCCGCUGGGACCGAGAGAACAGUGGCCGCAGAGCUUGAAGACUAUCGUCGCCCUUGUCAUGAACUAUCCUCAUCAAUGCUGCCUUUGGUGGGGUAGAGACCUUACUCUUAUCUACAAUGAACCGUACGCCAAGGCUAUACACAAGCAUCCGAGCAUCUUUGGCAUGUCCGGCCCCAGCGCAUGGUCCGAGAUAUGGUCAUCGCUCGGUCCUAUAUCAGAGAUCGUCCUCGCAGGAACUCCUGUGUGGAAAGAGGAUGACUUUUUGCUUUUCAGGCAGCUUGCCCACCAAGGAGAUGGUGUAUUUGAAGAAUACCAUACGUGGAUGUGGGUGCCCAUUCUGCAAGAGGAUGGCACUUUUGGGGGGCUAUGGAAUGCGACGAUCAGAACGACAAAGAAGGUUUUGGCGGAAAGGCGGAUGGUAACCGUACGAGAGAUGGGGCAAAGGACUGCUAUUGCGAGAACGAUGGAAGAGUUUGACAAGGCGGUCGUCGAUAUUCUUGAGAACAAUCCUCGGGAUGCUCCUUUCGCUGCCUUGUACCACGUUGAUCAAAUUGCUCCUGUCAAAAUGCAGUCACGGGGAACGGCGGCUGCGGAAGUCACCAAACAUGACCCCAACGAGAUUCACGUCAAUGUAUCCCUUGUUGGCUCUGUUGGAAUUCCCGAAAAUCACCCGUCGACUCCCUCAAAUGUCUCCUUUCCUCUUCGCCACCGCCGAAGGAGUUCUACCACUCGCUUCUCCCAAGGCGACAUCAGCAGUUCUCCAGCGCUGUCAAUGCACUCGUCCUCCGUAUCCAACACCGGCAAAGCCAAUCUGGGCACUUUCCCUAGACCCGGAGCGUCUUUCGACAGCAGCAAGUCGGAAGGCCACCCUGCGCCAGAAACGGAAUCAUGGCCCUUGCGCGAGGCUCUUCAGUGCAGGCGACUGGUCUUGGUUGAGGAUGUGACCGAAUUGAUCAAAGACUUCAACGUCCGAGUUUGGGAUGAAUUGCCGAGCGCAGCUGUCGUUGUGCCAAUCAGCAGCGACUCUGAUGAGGAGGUACCGAACGCUGUACUGGUGCUGGGGCUGAAUAUCAGGAGACCUUUCGAUGAGGAUUACGAGUCUUGGAUUGUGAGUGCAUUCCUUCGAUUGCAACUCGCGUCCGGUAUCGCCGCAGUUCACUCCUACGAGGUUGAACACCAACGCCUGAACGAAUUAGCCGCCAUCGAUCGCGCCAAGAGCCUUCUCUUCUCCAAUGUCUCUCACGAACUUCGUACACCUCUCACCCUCAUUGCCGGUCCAAUCGACGAUCUCUUGCUAGAGGCAAAGGACAACGGGCAUAGAGAUAUGCUUCUGAUGGUCAGAAGGAACAUGCGAAGACUUGCGAGAUUGGUGUCGACAUUGAUGGACGUUUCGCGACUUGAAGCAGGACGGCUGAGAGCGACUUUCAGACCAGUGAACAUCGGAACGAUGACGAGCGAUCUGGCUGUCUUGUUUAAACGGGCGAUCGAGAAAGCGAAACUCCAGUAUACGAUUGAGGUUGACAACACACCUGAAAAUGCCUUCGUGGAUCCUGAACAUUGGGAAAAGAUUGUGUUCAAUCUUAUCGGUAACGCGAUGAAGUACACAAUGUCUGGCUUUGUUCACGUAAAGCUCCAUUACGUCGAAAAUCAGAUCGUAUUUGAGGUCAAAGACAGUGGUGUUGGUAUCCCUCGAUCCGAUAUCCACCUCAUUGGGGAGCGAUUCCAUCGCGUGCAGUCUGUUAGCAGAUCUCAUGAGGGUACUGGUAUAGGCUUGUCACUUGUCAAGGAACUGAUCAACCUGCACGGUGGCUCGUUUGAGAUAGAAAGCGUCACGGAGGAAGAAUCCGAGGACAGAUCUCACGGCUCCACUUUCCGGGUUCGCAUCCCUCUUGGCUGCGACCAUCUGCCAUAUGAGGCUAUCGAUCAUGGCAGCAUGCCCAACCUGCCACAAUCAACAUAUGGCGAAGGCCUGGUUGAUGAGGCAAUGCAGUGGGUGCGCGACAAUAGAGACGGGUUGAGCGCAAAUAGCUCCGAUGAGUCCUCCAACGCAACGGGAGAGUCUGGGGGCGGCACUCAAAUAGGCUCUGGAGGAACUGGCGUGAGCGGAUUGACAAGCGCCGUACCUGUCAAAGCCCUCGACCCGAACACCCUCUACUUUGAGAAGUCCGAUAUCAUCAUGCUUGUUGAAGACUCUUCUGACACGCGAAGGUAUAUGAAGUCCAUCUUUGCGCAGUAUUGUACAGUCGUCGAAGCUCGCGAUGGCCGAGAGGCUCUGGAGCUUUGUGCAAAGCAAAAGCCCAACUUGAUCAUCUCGGACGUGAUGAUGCCCCAUGUCGACGGUUUCGAGCUUUUGACUACCCUGAAAGAUUCCAGCGAGUUCCGGAUGAUUCCGGUGAUCAUGCUCACUGCUCGAGGUGCAGAUGAAUCAAAAGUGAGCGGUAUCAUGGCGGGCGCCGAGGAUUAUCUGGCCAAACCUUUCAACGCCCGAGAGAUCGUCGCCCGAGCGCACAUGCAAUUACAGCUAGGCAAAAAACGGAAACACCUCGAAGAAGCAUUCGAAGAGAGGACGGCGGAGCUCAGGGUUCUUUCAGAAUUCUCGCCUGUUGGCAUAUUCCGAGCUGAUGAGAACGGUAAAUUGACAUUUGUCAACUCCACUUGGUAUUCACUGUCCGGAUUCCCCACUAACAAGGCAUUGGAGGACUGGCAAGACAUCAUCCCCGACCAGGAGAGGGAUGAAUUGAACGAAUUUUGGUUUGGAUUCUUGACAAGCGGUGAGCGCACGAGUACCAGAGACUGGCGGUAUAAGAACGGAAAGUGGAGUAAGUACCUCGAGUGCAAUCACAAGAGCAUGCUAACAAUAGCUAUAGUUACCACUGAUAUCACGGAAAGAAAGAUUCACGAACAGACUCAACAUCAACAAGUCGUUGAAGCAGAGCAGAGAAGACUGGACGCGGAGGAAGCAAAGAGACAGCAAGAGCUCUUGAUCGACAUUACUUCCCACGAGCUUCGGAAUCCCAUCUCCUCAAUGAUGCAGAUGAGUCUAUUCACAUUCCUCUACACCAAUCUUUUGUCUCUACAGGAGCAGCUUCAUUUGGCCAUUGCCCAGCAAAAGCCAUUCAACCCAACGCGCCAGCUCAUGAACAAUAUCGACGAAGAUCUCGAAGCCCUCGAGAGUAUCUAUCAAUGCGGUUUGACUCAAGAGAGGAUCAGCAACGAUGUUCUAUCACUGGGGCGAAUCCAACUAGAUAUGCUCGAGAUGUUCGACGUCGAGUUUGAUCUUUGGAAGGAGGCUCAAAAUAUCCUGUCCAUCUUCCAAAACGAGGCCAGGAUGAAGAGGAUCAAGUUAUCUUUCAAAGCUGGCGAAAGUCACAAGAAGCUGGGUUUGACGUGGGUGAAGGCCGACCUGGUCAGGCUGAAUCAGAUUGUCACCAAUCUACUGUCAAAUGCUAUCAGAUUUACCGCUACCAGUGCUGUACGUCAAGUUGAGCUGCGCUCCGAAAUAAGUUUCGACCCUCCCGAGGAUGACACCUGCACUAUGCCGCGCGAGCCUACCUUGCCAAAGGACAUCACAGACGACAUGACCAUGUACCUGUAUCUUGAAGUCGCCGAUACUGGACCCGGUCUGACUGAAAAUGAGGUACAAAAGCUGUUCCAGAGGUUCUCCCAGGUCUCUCCAAAGACACAUACCGUAUUUGGAGGAUCUGGCCUGGGAUUGUUCGUUUGCCGAAGCGCUGAUUCUUUCUCAGUGGGUGGUGGUAUCACGGUUGUCUCUGAAAAAGGCAAGGGGAGUACUUUCCGCUGGUAUAUCAAAGCCAAAACCUGUCACACUGUCCCUCAGACAGCUGCCAACAGUCUUCGCGCGAAGCUUAAAGCCUCGCGUGACGCUCCGCGGUACUUUGGCUUGACAAGAAACCCGCAUGUGCUCAUCGUGGAAGAUAAUCUGAUAAACCAGACGGUGCUGGCGAGGCAGUUGAAGCACUGUAAUCUGACAUGCGACGUCGCCAGCAACGGGCUGGAAGCACUGGAGAAGAUACGCAAAGCUUCAAGCGUAACACCCAUCGAAGGACAAGAGCCAGUCCAGUGUUUCGACUGCGUACUCAUGGACCUCGAGAUGCCUGUCAUGGACGGCCUGACUGCGGUCCAGCACAUUCGCGAGGAGGAAGCAGCGGGACUCAUGAAGAAGAAUCUGAUCAUUGCUCUGACGGGCAAUGCCAGGCAAGGUCAAAUUGACGAAGCUAGAGCAAGGGGGAUGGACGAGAUUAUCAUCAAGCCUUAUCGGCUUGAUGAUCUGCUGCGCAAAAUCGAAGAUAUGAUGAAGAUUCGAGCGGACGACGAAGAUGCGCAGAUGGCGCUGGAUCUGAAGGAUGUGGAAGAGCUUGAGGCGGCGAACAAGACAGAAAAAGCCUGA